AUGUCCCUGGCACUCUUCACAAUUUGUCUUAUAUCCCAGAUGCAUGGAAGUGGGGCUGUUGGUGGGCAAUGCAAAACUUCAAAGAGAUCAGUACCUGGUAAAGCUCUCAAGGGUCACACCUUCAAAGAGUUUGCAGCGAGGGCCAUUGUUGAGUGCCAGAACACCUGUGAAAACGACCCUAGGUGUGCGAGUUACAAUUUCUACAUUCCGGAUAAAGUGUGCGAGCUAAACAGCCAGACCAAGGAAACGAGACCUGACGAUUUUGUGACAGAUGAGCUGAGGUUCUAUAUGAGACGAGAGGGUACGAUGUAUUCUGUCUUUUUAAGAUGCUUAAGACUAAGUUUUUUACACUGUGCUGCAAAAUGCAUCCGGUAUAAUAUGAUCGUUAACGGCACAGAACGGCACAGAUCAUUAACAACUCGAUCCCACACAUCGAACAUCGUUCCGAGGAGCGUUUGGUCGAAAGGCUUCCACUCUAAAGAUAAGCGCGGCACAGCUUCGCUCAGGUACAGAAAUUGCACUGAAAUCACCGUUCUCAUGUGUCAAUAGAAGCCUUAUCCGGUAUUAUGGUUUUCCUGUCUGCGAAAAAGCUAUCCGCAAUAAUGUGAGCAUAGUCUAAAACGUAACUCUGCUCUCUCCAAUUCUCCGAGAUGUUCCCUUCUAUAUCCUAUUGGGAUGGAAUGUCGAGUGCAUGUGCAUGCCAAAUUACGAUAACAAUGAGGUCUGCCAUAUAUUAGUACUGUCAGUAACCUGUAGAAAGAAGUCGUCCACGGAGAUAUGCAUUACAUAUUUGAAUUUAGAAAAAAUUCUUAUUUUUUAUGUCGUCUGUUUUAUGCUAUUUGUAGAUGAUGAUGAGUGCUUGAAGACACCACCAGUUUGUGACAUCAACGCAAACUGCAAGAACACGCUUGGCUCCUACCUUUGUUCUUGUAAAGAGGGUUUUAAGGGUGAC